GGCCGGACGGAGAGGGCUGGGGGCGGGGCCCGGAGUGCCAGCCCUGGGCACGCCUCACGGCGGGGCCGGGCGCCGGCUCCCUGACGUCGUGAGAGGUCCGAGGAGCGCGUCUCACGGGGACCUGGACCCCGGGCGCCCUGGUAAAUGGACUCUUAACGAAAAUUCAGAAAUACAUUUUUUAAAUAGAAGACAAUAAAAAUUACCAAUAAUCCUACCACCCGAGAUGGCCGUAUUUUGAAUCCUGCUUGUCUGAAAUGCAGUUAACACAUCAGCUGGACCUAUUUCCCGAAUGCAGGGUGACCCUUCUGUUAUUUAAAGAUGUAAAAAAUGCUGGAGACUUGAGAAAAAAGGCCAUGGAAGGUGCUAUUGAGGGUUCAUUAAUAAACCCUAAGGUGAUUGUUGAUCCAUUUCAGAUACUUGUGGCAGCAAACAAAGCAGUUCAUCUCUACAAACUGGGAAAAAUGAAGACAAGAACUCUAUCAACUGAAAUUAUUUUCAACCUUUCCCCAAAUAACAGUAUUUCAGAAGCUUUGAAAAAAUUUGGUAUCUCAGCAAAUGACACUUCAAUUCUUAUUGUUUACAUUGAAGAGGGAGAAAAACAAAUAAAUCAAGAAGACCUAAUAUCUCAGGUUGAAGGUCAUCAAGUUUCUCUAAAAAACCUUCCUGACAUAACAAAUAUUACAGAAGUCAAAAAGAUAUAUAAACUAUCUUCACAAGAAGAAAGUAUUGGAACAUUAUUGGAUGGUAUCAUUUGUAGAAUGUCAACAAAAGAUGUUUUGUGAAAUGACAGAAGUCUUAAAAAUUUUCAGCAUUUAUAAAAAAACAUGGAUUUUUCUUUGUUGAUUAUAAUAUGUUCAAUCAUAGAAAACGCGGAAUGGUACAACAAAGAAAAAAAGCCACCACUAGUCUCUCUUAAUAUUUUAAAAGAUAGCCACUGUUGCUAUUAUGUGUUCUUGUCUUCUAGUCUUCUGUUUCUCUUCAAAUAUAUUUCAUCUUUAUGUAAUUGGAAUAA